AUGUAUAAACAAGAAAUUAGUAGCAGCAAUUCAGAGUUUAGUGAUGAAUUCAAAGUAGAUUUUUUUUCAGAUUGUUAUAAAGAACAUUUAGUAGAUGAUUUAUCUGAAAAUCCUGAUCAAGAAAGUGAUAAAGAAUUAGAUUUUCAAGAAAAUCUAUCUGUAACCUCAACA